AUGCUGUCACGAGAAUGUUGUGUCCCCCCUCCUUUACUGCCUCAUUUUCCCCCUCCUCCACCCAUUAUCACCGACCAUCAUCCUCUCCCCCCACGCAAGGCCCAACCUGCUGGACGUGUUGAGGGAGAGGGGCCUGGCCGAUGCAGUCACGAGCGUUGCCAGCCAUCGCUGCCAUCACCCAUCAUCACCCAUCGUUACCCAUACGUACCCCCCCGCACCUCUCCCCCCUUGAAGGCCAAACCUGCUGGACGUGUUGAGGGAGAGGGGCCUGGCCGAUGCCGUCACGAGCGAGGCAUUCCGGGAAGCGGCAGAGCACCCUUUGAAGAUCUACAGUCGCUGCAGCUGGGGAAUCUCCUGGGUAUCAUCGCCAUGGCAUGGGCGCAGCGGUGCGGGCACACAGCAGUGGCGCUGCUGGCUGGGGGGAGCCACAGCACGGAAUCACUCCACCUCGGAAAUCUCCUCGGCAUCAUCGCCCUGGCAUGGGCGCAGCGGUGUGGGCACACAGCAGUGGCGCUGCUGGGGGGGGCUACAGCACGGGUGGGGGACCCCUCGGGGAAGAGUGUGGAGCGGCCAGUGAUGGAUGAGGAGACGAUUGCGAGGAACAGCAGCGGUAUCUACAAGGUUCUUCAAGACAUUCUCUCUCGACCGGAGAACCAAGGAAGCGUUCCCGGUGGAAAGCUAGAGCUGGUGAACAACUACGAGUGGUGGAAAGGUGUUUCGCUGCUGGAGUUCCUGAGGGACGUGGGCAAGCACGCGCGGGUGGGGGCGAUGAUGGGCAAGGAGAGUGUGAAGAAGAGACUGGCGUCAGAGGAGGGGAUCAGCUACACGGAGUUCACAUACCAGCUGCUGCAGGGCUACGACUUUGUUCACCUCUACAAGGAAAAAGGCAUCACGGUCCAAAUGGGGGGUAGUGACCAGUGGGGCAACAUCACUGCUGGCACCGACCUGCUGCGACGGCUGCAGGCAGCAGGCGUUGUUCCCUCCAGAGCGCCCACAGGGGGAGAGGGGCAGCACGCGGAGCAGCAGCAGGCACAUGAGGAGCAAAAAGGGCAGCAGGAGGAGGGGAAACACGCGCAGGAGCAGCAGGAGCAGGGGGAGAGGGGUCCGAGUGUGUUUGGGCUCACGUGGCCCCUGCUGCUGCGCAGCGAUGGGAGCAAGUUCGGCAAGUCGGAGGGCGGGGCCAUCUGGCUGUCUGCUGCCAUGCUCUCUCCCUACAAGUUCUACCAGUACCUCUUUGCCACACCUGAUGCUGACGUCAUCAAGUUCCUGCGAAUGCUCACCUUCCUGCCCGUGGCGGAGAUCGACCAAUGGGAGGCCGCCAUGUGUCAGCCGGGCUAUGAGCCCAACGCCGCCCAGAAACUACUGGCGCAGGAGGUGAGUGCGAGGAAGACAAGGGGUGGUCGAGGGGGAUUUGCAGGGCAGGGAAGGAGUAAGGGGCGUGGGCAAGGCUCUUCAACCCGCCAUGUGCCAUUCGAGCUACGAGCCCAACGCCGCUCAAAAGCUACUGGCACAGGAGGUGAGUGCGAGAGAGGUGGUGUGGGAGGGAAGUGUGAGACAGCAGCGGUGUGGGAGGGAAGUGUGGGAAGGAGCUUGCACAGGAGACUAGACCCGGCCACUCUCGAAGCAAUCGCUGCUGAUGCACCCUCCACCUCGCUCCCAUGGGCCGACGUGAUUGGCCGAACCGUUGCUGACGUGGCAGCGGCAUCGAAGCUAGUGGGUAGCAAGGGGGCGGCGAGGCGGCUUGUGCAGCAGGGAGGGAUGUAUCUGAACAAUGAGAAGGUGGGGGAGGGGGAGAGGGUGGUGGGGGAGGAGGAUUUGGUGGGGGGAAACAUGCUGCUGCUGGGAUCGGGGAAAAAGAACAAGCUGAUUGUGAGAGUGGAGCGGUGA